CCAAAGGCUCUGAUUUUCUCGAACUCCGUUGAACGCUUUCUCAGAUUCCUUCUCUUUCAAAAUUUAAUCAUAUUUUAAUAAAAGUUCGUAAAUCUCGAACCGCAUUCAAAUUUCCCUUCUUUAUAUCUCUGCAUUUAUUUUCGUAAAAAGCCCAGAAAUUUAAAACCAAAAUGGGGGAAGAACAAGAGGAAGCUCUCAUACUUCGCUCGGAUUCCACCACCCCGAAGCUUCCUUUUCAUCUGGGCAAGUUCCCUCUGGAGUUAAAUGUCAAUAUGUGAUUUUAGUGAUUUGAUUCCUAGAGUUAGGAAGUGGGGUUCUUGAUUGUGGAGGGAAUAGGUGGAAUUUGGGGCUAUUGGGUUAGGAUUCGAUGAUCAAGAUGAAGGCGUAUGCGCAUGUUAAGGGGAGAGGAGCUGGGAGGGUCACUGUGCAACAGGUGGUUUUCGAGCUCAAACAAAAGGUGGUUAUUGCGCUGAACAAGCUUGCUGAUCGGGAUACUUACCAAAUAGGUGUCGAGGAGCUGGAGAAAAUGGCGGAGUGCUUGAACCCAGAUGGGAUUGCUCCGUUUCUGUCGUGUAUUUUGGAUACAGAUUCGGAACAGAAGAGUGCAGUGAGAAAGGAAUGCAUUAGGUUGAUGGGUACAUUAGUGAGGUAUCAUGAGGGGCAUGUUGGAAUGCAUCUUGGUAAGAUGGUUGCCAGUAUUGUUAAGCGACUAAAAGACCCGGACUCUGUUGUGAGAGAUGCAUGUGUGGAGACUGUUGGUGUUCUGGCAUCAAAAUUGAGUGAUGGUAGGGGUGACGGUGAUGGGGUCUUUGUUGUCUUAGUAAGGCCACUUUUCGAAGCUCUGGGUGAACAAAACAGGCAGGUUCAGUCAGGUUCAGCAUUGUGCCUAGCAAGGGUCAUUGAUAAUACUCAUGAUCCCCCGGUUUCAAUUCUGCAGCCAAUGUUGAAUCGAACGAUAAAGUUGCUCAAGAAUCCACAUUUCAUGGCUAAGCCAGCUGUUAUUGAGUUGAACAGGAGCAUUAUCCAGGCAGGGGGUGCACCAACACAAAACAUUCUCUCCGGUGCAAUGGGAAGUAUUCAAGAAUCUCUCAAGAGUAAUGACUGGGCAACACGCAAAGCUGCAUGCAUAGCUUUAGGGGAGAUAGCUUCAAGUGGUGGAUCCAUCUUGGGCUCUUUUAAGGCUUCCUGCAUUCGUUCCCUUGAAUCAUGUCGCUUUGACAAGGUGAAACCAGUUAGGGAUACUGUCCUACAGGCACUGCAGUGCUGGAAAAGUCUUCUAGGAGCUGACACUCCUGAACCUUCAGAAGCUGGCUCUUCCAUUAAAGAAAAUUUCUUUGGUGGUGACUACAGUGAUAUCACAAGUGCCAGUGAAUCUGGAAGGAAAGAUCGCUCGCUCAGGAAAGCUGUUAUUGGUGCGACUAAGAGCAGGAUUCCUUUGUCUGGCAGAAGAACACGUCCAAAUCAUGUGGAAAAUCAUCAACGUUCCAGUGAAGAUGAUUGGCAUAUUGAAAUUGCAGUUCCUAAAGCCCACAAUGCUUCUUUGCCAGAAUAUCAGAAUGAGGAAUCUGAGGGUAGCACUAUUACUAAGACAUUAGAAAGGAUGAGCACUGAUGUUACAAGCACACAUGAUAUGGGAUAUGAAUAUGUUCACAUGGAUGAAAAACAAGAAUGUUCUUCUCGGUCCAAUAUUGUCACUGAUGACAUUGACACUAAGUUUGUCACAGUUUCUUGUAACAGUCUUGAGGAGAGUAGUUCGCAGAAGCCAGUGGGAAGAAAUCAGCGGUUUGCAGCAGUUGAAGGUUUAAGUAGUGAGAAAAUAUACUCUGAAAGAGAUCGUAGAAGUCUCGAUUCAACUGUGACAGAAUCAGAUUCUCAUACUCCACAUGGAUGUUGUUCACAAAUGGCAAAUGAAGUGUCGUGCAUUAGAAAACAACUCUCAGAAAUUGAAAACAAGCAGUCAAACUUAAUGGAUCUUUUACAGGCAUUUACAUCUGGUGUAAUGGGUAGCUUGUCUAUGUUACAAACAAGGGUGGUAGGCCUAGAACAUGUUGUAGAUAGAUUAUCUCAGAACCUAGUACAUAGGGAGGAGCAUUCCAAUUUAGCAACCUCCAAACUCAUGAAGCAAAACCAAAGUGUGCAUUCUCCGAGACUCUCUACAUGCACUCCUAGGCCAUCUAUAGAUAUGCGCAACAGGCAGCCUUCACUGUUGUCCGUGAAACAUUCUGAUAUUUGGGAGGAAAACACAUUUGUGAGGACCCAAGCAAACAAUUCUGCAAGACAAGGUACAGAGACAUGGAGCAAUACUAAGGUGAAACUUACCAGGAAUCCUGCUGGAAAAGAUAUUCGGAAAAGUUCUGGGCAGGGAACACAGAGGACAAGUCAAACAAGGACUGAUGCUAUGUUUACCUCAGCUUCUAGUGCCAAAGUUAGACAAAAUGUUUUAGAAAGCAAGAAUAACCUCUGGAAACAGGUGAAGGGUUUGCUCUGUGAAGGCGACUUAGAUUCUGCAUAUGUUGAAGCUCUUUGUUCUGGUGAUGAAAUUGUUCUGAUUGAACUUCUUGAUAGAACUGGUCCAGUUCUAGAAUGCUUGUCACCUAAAACUGCCGGCGAUGUCCUCAGCACUUUAGCAUCAUAUCUUGUAGAGCAAAGGUUUAUCAACACAAUAAUCCCUUGGUUGCAGCAGAUUGCUGAUUUGAGCACCACUCAUGGACCAAAUUACUUUGGGCUGUCUGCAAAAGCAAGGCAAGAAUUCUUGUCUUCUGUUCAGGAAGCUGUAAAUAUGGAAUUUGUCAAUUCUUCGGAGAGAAGAUCUAUCACUCAAUUAGCUAUGAAGUUCCAGCAUAACUGGGGUUAGUGCUCGAAUAAUAAAUCAGUCAUGAGAGUUAAUGUUGAACAUUUUAGUAAUUAGUACGAUCUUAACCAGACGAUGGUCCAAGUCUGGUCACUCACCAUCUUUUCUCAAUUAGAGUUUUUUUGCCUUUUGUAUGUAAUUUCUCCAUCUUGUAAGACGUAGCUUCUCCAUUUUCUGCAGUGUUUGUGUUUCCAUUAUCGGUAUACUUACGUUUAGGUUUUAUUAAUCAGACUCUGUGAGGAAAUCUCUUGCCUGUGGACGUGUUCAAUUUCUUUUACUCGUAGAAAUAUUCAAUUUAUUUUGCUAAACAAUGAAGUUUGAAAUUCCAACAAAGAGCUUUCUAUAUUUGUCAGCAUUUUUAAUCUUGGGAAUAUUGAGAAACUGCAUCCUCUACAUCCAUGCAAUCAAACCGUCAAACAAACGGGAAUAGAGCUUGCGGUUCAACUUUUAAUACAAGCAUUGCUCGACACAAACCCAAAAAAAAAAA